GCCAUUUCACAAGCAGCAACAAAACCUAUUCAGGGUCUAAAGUUAAAAUUCAACAUGGGGAAGUUAAUGGUUCUCUCUGUUUUGGUUGCAGCUGGAGCAGUACUGUUUGGAGAGCGAUAUAUUGCAAUAAGAAAUACAUUAUUGGUUUUUAGAGAGCUCACCCAGAACCACCUCCCUAACUGUGAACUGCUAAAAGGAAUAGAGAAUGGAGCUGAGGACAUCACCAUACUUGAAGACAGACUGGCCUUUAUAAGUGCUGGUUUGAAGUACCCAGGUAUGCCUCGUCAUUCAGAUGCCCUUGGAAAGAUCUAUGUGCUAAAUCUGCGCUCUGGCAGAGAUCUGACAGAACUCCACAUCAAGGGAGACUUUGAUGCAGCUUCUUUUGGUCCACAUGGAAUCAGUAUAUAUACAGAUGAAGAAGAUGGCUCUCGAUAUUUAUUUGUGGUGAAUCAUCCACAUGAUAACAGUCAGGUCGAGAUAUUUCAGUAUGUCGAAGAGGAAAACACUCUUGUGCACUUGAAGACUAUAAAGCACGAGUUGCUGCAUGAUGUGAAUGACAUUGUAGCUGUGGGAGUGGAGAAUUUCUACGCCACUAAUGAUCACUGCUUCACCAACGGGUUCUUGAAGCUGCUGGAACUGCUGCUGUCCCUGUCCUGGUGUGAUGUGGUGUAUUACAGUCCAGAAGCAGUUCAUGUUGUGGAAGGAGGAUUUUUUGGUGCCAAUGGCAUCAACAUCUCCCCUGACAAAAAGUAUUUGUACGUGUCAGACUUAAUGAAUCACAGAAUUGUUGUGCUGAACAUCCAGAAAAACAACACAGUAUCCCGUUUGAAGGAAGUUGCCGUCGGCUCCCUCUGUGACAAUAUUGAAGUGGAGCGUAAAACUGGAGACUUGUGGCUGGGUUGCCACCCAAAUGGAGGCAAAUUUUUUCAAAGUGAUCCAAAUGAUCCACCUGGCUCAGAGCUCGUAUCAAAUUUAAGACAUUGCUGCUAGCUUACCAGGCUCUCAAGGGGUUAGGGCCGGCAUACAGUACCUCCAGAGUCUGAUCCUCCCCUACACACCAGCCAGAUCUCUAUGCUCCGUCGCUACUGAUCGCCUGGCCCCUCUUCCUCUGCACUCCUGCCCAGCCCGUUCAAGCCUGCUGUCUGUCCUGGUUCCCCAUUGGUGGAGUGACCUUCCCAUUGAGGUCAAAACCGCCGACUCCUUGACCACCUUCAAGCGCAGACUGAAGACUCACCUCUUCAGGCUGCACCUCUUCUCGAUUCCCUGCCCACUGUGUAAAUGCAUUUCGGUCUAGACCAACCCAGGCUGUGUACUGUCGAGCCUGGGGUUUAGCCAUUUGAGUUCUCUAUUUAGUUGUACUUCAUCAGUUAAUGUAUAUGGUUGGUUUGUUUUCUUGCCUGUUUGAGUAUUGGUACUUCAACAGCAUAUUAUUACUGAACAAGUAUUAUUGUCACUUGUUCAGUUGGCACUAGAACUGUCUUGUCUAGAAGUUCAGCACUUCUUGUACCUGACUCUUGCACUCGCUGUAUGUCACUCUGGAUAAGAGUGUCCGCUAAAUGCAAUGUAAUGUAAUGUAAAUUGCAGUC